AUGGGUCAAAUUCUCUCACAGCCAGUAACUGAAAAACACUCAUCGAAAGAUGAGGAUAAAUACUCUUCUUAUGGGUUCUCAUGUAUGCAAGGAUGGAGAAUUAAUAUGGAAGAUGCACAUGCACUUAUUUUGAAUGUGUUUGAUAAAAAGGACGAAGACGGUAAAGAUUCGGACAAUGAAGAAGAAAAGAAAUCUGGGGAACCAAAGGAGCACGUAGCAUUUUUUGGUGUUUAUGAUGGUCACGGAGGUGAAAAGGCUGCCAUAUUCGCUGGCGAACAUCUCCAUGAUUUGAUAACAUCCACAAAAGCUUUUCAGAAAGGAGAUUAUACUAAUGCUUUGAAAGAAGGGUUUUUGAGUUGCGAUCAGGCUAUACUUCAGGAUUAUGAUAUGAGAGAAGAUGACAGUGGAUGUGCGGCAACUUCUGCUCUUAUCAUACCUUCGCAAGUAUUUUGCGGUAAUGCUGGUGAUUCGAGGACAAUCUUAUCCACCAAUGGAUUUGCUAAGGCGUUGUCUUACGACCACAAACCUUCAAAUGAAGGAGAAAAGGCUAGAAUUUGCUCAGCAGGUGGAUAUGUUGAUAUGGGAAGAGUUAAUGGAAAUUUGGCUUUAUCUAGGGGAAUUGGUGAUUUUGAAUUUAAGAAAAAUAUGGAAUUGCCAGCCGAGGAGCAGAUCGUGACCUGUUACCCAGAUGUGAUACAGCAUGAUUUGAAUUAUGAAAAAGAUGAAUUUGUUGUGUUGGCUUGCGAUGGUAUUUGGGAUUGCUUGACGUCUCAAAAUUGCGUUGAAUGUAUCCGUCGAGGUAUCUACGAACGUAAGGAGUUGACGCAAAUUUGUGAAGAGCUCAUGGAAUUGUGUUGUGCUCCAACGAGUGAUGGUUCCGGCAUUGGCUGCGAUAAUAUGUCGAUUGUCAUAGUCGCUUUGUUGGACACAUCAAUUAAUGAAACAUUAAAUCAAUGGUAUGACAAAAUCAUCAAGAAAAUCGAAAUUUCACAAGAAGACCCCUCCAAUAAAGAAUAUGGGACCAUUUCGAAUCCGUAUAACGAAAUUUACAAAGAUAUUUAUGGUGAAUAUUAUGAAAUGGGCCAACAAUCUCAGGGAUCAAGAAGUACAAAUAGCCCUUCCAUGUUUCGUGGAUUAUCUGGCAUGCGUAAUGGACCCGAUUCCGGUAAGUUUGGAAAUGAAGAUGAAGGAGACGUCGAGGAAGGCGAUGGUCCUGAGGAGGGUGAACCCGAGGACUCUUCAAGCCGAGCAAUAUCUUUGCAGAAGCUAUUAGCAAGCAAUGCGAUAACUAACGAAAAUGGAGUCAUAUACUUGGAUACGUCAUCUGCACAAUCCUUAUUGGCUCAUUUUGGGAUGUCUGGCGCAGAUGGUGACGACCUGAAUGAAGAAGACGAAGGCGUUCAUGAUAGACAUAUUGAAGAAGAAAUCGAAGAUAAUAAUGAGGAAAUAGAGGAUACGAGUAAAGAUGAUGAGGAGGAAAGCUCUUCCGAAAAGUCAAAAGACAAAGAUAGUAAUUAA